GUGAAUUUGGAUGGCCCUAUACCAUUGAUGAAACUUAUCCCACGUCUUCUUCAUUGUUUCCCAAUCCCCUCUAUUUAUUCACUUUAAUUUGCUCACUCCCUCACAACUCCCUCAACAAUCAUGCUCAAAAUCUACAGAAAAAAAAUGGCUACUUUCACAAUUUUGUUGAUGGGAUUUCUGUCAUGCUCAAGUACUGCCUAUGCCUACUACGGAGGUUGGAUUAAUGCCCAUGCCACUUUCUAUGGAGGAGGGGAUGCUUCUGGAACAAUGGGUGGGGCUUGUGGCUAUGGCAACCUAUAUAGCACGGGCUAUGGCACUAACACUGCAGCAUUGAGCACUGCUCUUUUCGAUAACGGCUUGAGCUGCGGUGCGUGCUUUCAGCUCGUUUGCGCUAACGAUAAGUCGUGCCUCCGUGGCUCCAUAGUCGUGACAGCCACUAACUUCUGCCCACCGGGAGGGUGCUGCGACCCUCCCCUACACCACUUCGAUCUCUCCCAGCCCGUCUUCCUCCACAUCGCCAAGUACAGGGCCGGCAUUGUGCCCGUCCUCUAUCGAAGGGUGCCUUGCCAGAGGCGGGGUGGAAUUAGGUUCACAAUCAACGGCCACUCGUAUUUCAAUCUCGUAUUAGUGACGAACGUGGGAGGGUCGGGCGAUGUUCACUCGGUUUACAUCAAAGGAUCGAGAACCGCAUGGCAGCCCAUGUCGAGAAAUUGGGGCCAAAACUGGCAGAGCAACUCUUACCUCAACGGGCAAAGCUUGUCGUUCAAGGUCACCACGGGCGAUGGCCGGAGCCUCGUGUCUUACAAUAUUGCGGGGCCGGGCUGGUCGUUCGGUCAGACAUAUUCCGGCGCCCAAUUUCGCUAGGAAUUGAUCGAUCACCGACCGCAUGAUUUGGCUCGACUUAUAAUUUACUAAUAUAUCUAGGCUUUUUGGGAGAAAAAAAAUUAUAGACAUUGCAAAAUCGAGUAUACUUUUAAAGGCCUGUUUUGAAGUGGCCAAGUCCUAAUGUGUGGAAGUUCAUGCAUUUGUGUGUGUAGAAGUAAAGAAAUUACUUUGAUUAUAAUAAUCUCUGUAAUAGUUAUUUUUCCUUUCUACAAUGUGUGUGGCUGAAUCCUAGAACAAUCUCUGAUUACGAAUGAGAUUGUCUGAAAAAUAUUAUGUACAAUGGGUUGAGAAUUAUGUAUAAGAAAUAAUGUUUUGUUUA